CUUGUCCUGUGGAGUCUCCUGCCAUAGCUAUAGGCAGUUGAGUAAGCGUGGCACCGUCUUUUAGUACUACAGCCUCUCUCUCGUCCCACUGCACAAUCCUACCUCUCGUUCGUAAUGGGUUCAUGGUGAUGUGCUUAUCGUGCCACUAAAUAUUGAUUGCAUUCCAAGCUUCAGGCUUAUUUCCAUCGACAAAUACCCUAGUGCUGCAUCAGGACCUAGUCCGAAUUUGACUAUUUCAACGUCGCAGAGUUUUGCAGCAUAAGAAGAAGAAGAAGAAGGAAAGGAGAAAAUGGGGAUGGGGGAAGUUGAGACGACGAACUCGCAAGGCGAGGUGGAGUCAAGUCCCAAGAACAACCACUCAUUCUCGUCGCUGGGAAGACAAUCGUCGAUAUACUCGCUCACGCUUGACGAGUUCCAGCACACGCUGUGCGAGAGCGGCAAGAAUUUCGGGUCCAUGAACAUGGACGAGUUUCUCAGCAGCAUCUGGAACGCCGAAGAGAGCCAAGCCAUUAACUCCAACCACAACACUAGCGCCUGCAACAAUAACAACACAAGCUUGCCUCUGAAUGAAGCAUCCGCUGAAAAAGGAGUGAUAAGGAAGCAGCUAAGCCUUCCUCGUCAAGGCUCUCUGACGCUGCCGGCGCCGCUCUGUAGGAAGACGGUUGAUGAAGUUUGGUCUGAGAUACACAGAGCACAGCAGGGUCAUCAGGGUAAUAGCGGUGGCGAUAGUGGCAAUGCGCUGAAUAACGAAUCUGCCCCUCGCCAGCCUACUUUUGGGGAGAUGACUCUCGAGGAUUUCUUAAUCAAAGCAGGGGUGGUUCGGGAAUCAUGUGCUGCUCCAAUGCCCGCCCAAGUUCAAGGUCAAGUCUCGACGCAGCCGUAUGGGAUGUACCCGAAUAACAACUCUACGAUGGGACCCUCUUUUGUUAGCAGGACUGUAUUGGCGGGCAAUGUGGUUCCGCCGUACCAGACGGUGGCCCAGGGAGAGCCUUCUUCUGGGUACGCCGGGAAUGGGAAGAGGAAUAAUGGGUAUCCUCCUCCACCGCCGCCGUCGGGGGUUUGCUACGGAGGAAGGGUGCUGAGUGGAGGUGGUGGGUAUGGGGCGGCGGCGCCGACUAUGGCAAUCGGAGCGCCGUUGAGCCCUGUUUCGUCGGAUGGGCUGGGAACAAAUGAGAACUGCGGGAAUCAGUUUGGGGUAGAGAUGGGGUUGUUGAGAGGAAGGAAGAGGAUCGUCGAUGGUCCGGUGGAGAAGGUGGUAGAGAGAAGGCAGAGGAGGAUGAUCAAGAACAGAGAGUCGGCCGCGAGAUCCAGAGCCAGAAAACAGGCAUAUACAGUUGAAUUAGAAGCAGAACUGAACCAAUUAAGAGAGGAGAACGCCAAUCUGAAACUGGCUCUGGUACUAGCAUCAUGAGCUAUACAUCAAGAACGCCGAGCUUGAGAGGAGAAGAAAGCAACAGGGUCUUGAGGAAGCGAACAUGAGAGUUCCUACCAAAGCUCAGAAGGCAAGAGAGAAAUUGAGGUCCUUGAUAAGGGCUGUGAGCUGUCCUUUGUGAAGAGCAACAUACAUCGAGUAUAGUAAACAGUGACCUUGAUCGGCAGAUUUCAUAUUUAGUAUUUAGAGUUAUAACUUGGUGUAACCAAACGAAGAAAACUUCGUGAAGCAAAUAUAACGGGAAGAAGAAAAAAAUAGAGAAAACUCAUAGUGAAACCAGAACCGGGUAGAGAGAGAGAGAGAGAUACGAAGGGAAUCUUGAGAUCGAGCCACAAAUUAUGGAAAUGCUCAAGAUAUAGCUGUCUGUAUUAUUAAUAGCAUUCUUAAACUUACCUUUGUGUCAGUAGGCAAUGCGUAGCUAACUGUACAAGAUAUGCUAAUCUCUACCUGAACUACUUAUGUUGCUGAUGGUGUUCGAAAACUUGGGUUAAAUUGCUUGCGUUUCUUUC